CGGAGUAUUAGCUAGUUGUACACGAGCAUGAUACAGAUUCCUAAUCCAACCGGUUUUGUUGCUUGUUUAUUUAUAAACCCAUUCAUUCAUUAAUAAAGAGAUAAUUUUUCGGUUAUCCAAUCCGGUCUUCUAUCACUCUGAAAGUCUUCUGAAGAUAAAAUCCGUCCUUUACAACGCUAGGCAUAUUAUUUCUUGCGUUAAUAUAAAUUUUUGGUUAAGGGUUUCCAUGAGGAAUUCAGGAUUGAUAGGCAAAAAAGCAUUGCCCGCCGGCAGCGGGAAGGAAGACGAAGAAGAGGAAAGGGCAGGCUGGGGCGAUCUAAACGAGGAGCUUUUGUGCUGUAUAUUGUCGCGUUUGGAUGUGAUAGGAGAUGAGGUGAGCUUUCAGUGCGUUUGCAAAUCAUGGAAGCUGGCAGCGGCAAGAAGGAUGCCGCCGCCACAGGCGGCGUUAGCAUCUCAUCACGAUCCUCCGCCGCCUGCUUUAGAUUCGGCGCCGUAUCUGAUGUACUUGAACCACAGAACUGGGAGGUUCAAUUUCCAUGACCCGACUCGCAGAGGUGCCACAUAUUCAGUACACAUCCCUCAACUAUUGGGGGAUUACCCGGGCGAGGUUGAAUGUUAUUAUGCUAGCUGCGGUUGGCUGCUUCUUCGCAAGGGCCCCAUGACAUACUUCCUUUUUAACCCCUCCACCAUGGAUAGAAUUGACCUUCCUCCAGUACGUGACAUGCCCAUCUCAUUCGAAUCCAUGUGUUUCUCUGGUUCGCCCACUUCUUCCUCGUGUAGGAUUGUUGGCUUUGUCAGUUAUGUCCCACAAAAAGUGGCCUUUAUUGGAGAAACAAUGGUGGGAUGUGAUUCUUGGUCCGUGUCUGUCAACACUAGCAACCCAGAUGACUUCGUGGCAUCCAUAUGCCCCCCCAUUGUCUGUGAUGGGAGCUUUUAUGUUUUGGGUGAAUCUGGGAAUUUGGGAUGCCUCUGGUUUCGACCUCCCAAGAAGGGACUGACUGAGGUUUCUUGGGAAGUUAUUGGCAAGCCAGCAGAUGAACUGUUUUAGACAUUCAAAGAUCAAUUCCUCCUCGAAAGCGAUGGCGACAUCAUGUGCGUGGCAACUCUACAAGGAGGGGGCGAGGUUUGUGUUCUCAAGCUUGAUCCACACACUCAAGUGUGGCAAAAGGUGGAUGAUCUCCAAGGAAAAGCCUUGUACGUCUCUCAAUCCGCAUCCUUCUCCCUUAAAGCAAUUCCCAGAGGACGAGGAACGGGUAACAAGGUCUACUUUCCUAGAUUCUACAACAACCGAGGACUGUUUUAUUGCAUGGGAACCAAAGAGUGGCGCAACUUUCCCCAUACUUUCUCAAGUACAAACUAUUACAAUACCAGUGUCUUACUUCAUUCUGCCUGGAUUCAACUUUCUCCUCAUCAUAAUAGCUAGCUAGUUUAAAUCACUUACUGCUAUUGUAUACACUUACCAACAAAAUUACUUUGUUUCAGAUAUUUAUCGAAUUUUAUAAUUGCUAAAUUUGACUGUUAGUGAUGUUCCA